AUGUGGCGGUCCCGGUCGUAUGUAGUUUUCCUGGGCUGCUGCGAAAAGCAACACCUGAAGGCGAACGGGCGAGGACGGGUCGGGUUUUCCCUCGUGGCGCCCGUCCGCCGUGUGCUUUCCUUCUCUGCUGCUCCGCUCGCCACGUGUCCAUCGCGUAGUCGCUCGCCCAUCAGCGGCAUCAGCGGGGGGCCCUCUCCCAGAGACUCCCCUUCGAAAGUUUACGAGUGCGUGCGGAGUGUUUGCGCACUCCCGCCUGCAAUCCUAAGUAUGGAGGCCUCGGAGAGGAACGCCGCCGACAGUCCAUCCGGCGCGGCGAGUGCCGCGCCCGCGGCAAACGGCCAGACCGGCAAUGCAGCGAAAAACACGCUCGCAGCGGGCUCAGUGGACGAGCAGGCGAAAUGCGGUGGAAAGAAGGAAGAAAAAAAGAAGUCCUUUCGUCCAGAUCCUCUGGUUCAGUACGUUGUUGUGCGGAAGGACCUCCAGACGCAGCUCGCUUGGCCUACGGGAGCAGUUAUCGCUCAGGCGUGCCAUGCGUGCAUCAGCAUUGUUGGGUCGACGUUCUCAGAUCCAACCGUGCAGGCAUAUCUGGAGGAAGGCGACAGCAUGCGUGAAGUAGUUCUGGAGGUCAGCAGUGAAGAGGAGCUCAGGAAGAUCGCCGAGGCGCUAGCGUCAAAGGAUAUUCUCCACAAACUCUGGAUUGAGCAGCCUGAGGGGAUCCCGACGUGCGUAGCGUGGUACUCGUCUGCUGCCAACUGUGCACACUUGCUUUACACGUUCAUCGGCAUUUCGGGCGCAACGCCCAUGCGGCCAGACACAAGUGAGGCGGCGACGGUGUGUGCCGACGGCGUCGAAGCAUUCGAUGGGGGGUCGUCGCAUAUGCCGGUGAACGGAUGGAAGGACAUGUGCGGCAACCGGUUCUACACUGACGAGCACUGCAGUUCAAAAUUGCGGUACUACAUGCUGUGUGCUUCGAAGCACGACGACAAAAACGAGUACAAAAGUGAAUACCAUGUGUGCAACUACUGGUCUCCCAAAAUAAGCUGGCAGUUUUUCUCCCUUCGUGUCUUGUUGGACGCCCCCGUAUCAGUCGUCGGGGGAGUUCCCACGUCUGAGUCGCGCUUGGAUUUUUCUGGGAAUAGCCAGGAGUCUUCUGCGGAUGCGUUGCCUAAGAAGUCUUCCCCGUUGCAGUCUUCUGCUGUCGCGUCCAUCCAGUCGCGCGCUGCGGGGCGAAGAGAGGCGCUGGAGCGCCUGGUGGAUUUUGGGGACUUCCUCGAUGAUGAUGCGGAAGAAGUCCGCCUGCUUCUCCUCAAGACAAAGGAGUAUCCGGUCAAGUACUCCAGCGCCACGAUGCGCCACUUCCUGCGCAAGCCACUCUUCAGACAGCUCAGUGUAGUCGCCAGGGAAAAGACGGCAGAGACAGGGCGUAAAAAACGGAGAAUCGUUGGAGUCGCCGGAACCGCGGUGGACGACCGCGGCAUGGCGAACAUCAUGAUGCUCGCCAUCGACACAACGCAUCGAAGACUCGGACUCGGACGAGAGCUGCUGCGCCGCUCGCUGGAGAAGGCCUCCCUGUUUGCGCCUGGAAGCACGCAGAACCCGAAUCCGCACUACAAAAUCGCGCGGGCGAGCCUCCACGUGUGGAUCAGUCAGGCUCCGCCGCUCUCGCUUUACCUCUCCACUGGCUUCACUCCUGUGCGCUACAUCCCUGAUUACUACACCUCGGUAGAUGUCGAGGGGGGGUACGAGAUGCAGCUGUCGCUUCCGUACAUGCCCGUCGAGGAGCGGCUUCAGGCCGCUGUGAACAAGCAAGCAAGGGUUAUUCAGUUUCUCGAGUCCAAAUUGGAACGGCUUUCGCAUGGACCGCCUGGAUCUGGAGCGGCCAAGGUGCUGGAGGCUCUGCCGCCCGUACGCGCGCUUCCCAUGCGGGACGCGUCGCACGAGACGGAGACUCGCGUCCUUGCCUUUCUCGCCUCGCUCGACGAUGAGCACCUCCUCCAGUCUGCCCAGGAGGCCUUUGCAGACCCGCGCCUGCGCAAGCUGGCCUUCUUCGCUAUCGGCCCGUCUUCGGGAGACGUCUUGGGCGCACUCUGGCUCGGGGUUCCGCCGCAGCACGGCGUCAUCACGCACGUAGAGGUCACCACCGACGAGGCAGCAGAACCAGAAACCUUGCUUUAUCUCUACGAGGCGCUGCUGGUGGAGGCUGCAAAUCCCGAGCACGGGCAAAUCGAGAAAGUCGUCGAUCGCGUUCCAGCUGACAACAUCUUCGCGCUCACGCAGCACUGGGAGCUCGGGUUUCGCGUCUCGAACUUCUUCGAAGUCACGAGUGAGCAUGAGGAAGACAAGAGUGGAGAGGACGCCGGCGAUCUGCAGAGCUUCAACUGGGAUCGCGGACGACGAUUCUUUGAGCACGAGAUGACCGCGACCAUCCCGUGGCGGAAACCAGAGGAGCUCGCCCUCCUCCAAGUCGUUCAGCUCAACAAGAGCCGCGUGGCGUUGUUGAAGGAGACUUUGAAGGUGCUGGAGAAGCAUCCGCCGCCUCCGCCGUCUCUGGCUGAGCUUUCCCCCCCUGCAGAGGGUCAAGACGCGCAGUCUGUCGCUCUGCCCGAUGGAAAGGAGAAGACCCUCGAGGGAGCUGAACCUCACAAGCGCGCGCCGACCCCCGCCCCCGCCGCAGGGCGCGACCGCGAGGAAACCGAGCGCUCGGUAGCCGCCCCAUUGCCCGCUGCGAGGGAGUCUAUCCAUGCACAGCCGGAGGCCUCGCCCGCCUCGCAGGCGCUUCCUGCGGGAGUGCACGCGGCAGCUUCUUCGGCGCCGAUCCACAGGCGCAAGGAGGGCGGGGGAGACGCGCAGCGGGGCGCUGGAGCGAACGGACCCGCGAGCGGGCGCGACGCCGGCGAAGGGAGCACCGACGAGAAGAGCGCCGAGGAGGGCGUCGUGAACUUCCUCCAGCAGCACGCGUCGGUCUUCCUCCUGUUCACCGUCCUGAUCUUUGCGUUGCUCUGCUACCGCCGCUUCUGCCGGCCUGAGGUCGCCCCGGCGCUGGGGAGCCGCAGACACUCCGAAGGGGCGGCGGGCGACUUGGAAGACGCGGAGUCCGGAGGCAGAGGCGGCAGGGGCAAGGAGACGAUCCCGGGCGCAGCCGCGGGCGGCGUGGGCGCCGGCGACAGCUCCAGCGGCAAGCGCCCGCAUGCAAAGAAAGAGGGAUAUGCGCCAGUCGCGCUGCCUAUCGCCUGUCAGGAACAGUUUUCAGACGACGAAGAUCGGCAGUGA